UAAUGUGUUGCCUCAUUUUAACAUUACUCUUUGUCUUAAUAUACAAAUAUGUGAUUUCUUAUUUAAGAAAACAAGAUGAAUUAAAAUAGUAAUAAUUUGCAAACAGAUAAUCUCCAUAAGUUCCAGAAACAGAAUUAUCUAUAUAAUAUCAAUCUCUCAAAUUAGAAGUCUAAAAGAUGAAGUAGGAUGCUGAGACAUUGAAUACAACUGAGACAUUUUCAAAAUAUAGUAAACUUUAACGAUAAUUGAUUCCAAAAGAAGAAUUAUUAGAAUAAUUAAAGAAAUAAUAUGAAGAAUAUUAGGAAUCAUUUCUAAAAUAAUGGGAAGCUGAAUAAUCAAAAAUACCAAAACCACCUUCAAUUUCUAAAUAACUUAAAUAUAUUGAUUAUUUGAUUAUAAUUAUAAUGAUAUUAGGAUCCUGGCCAAUUUAUUAUGAAUUAAACAAUGUUACUAUUGAUCAAUUUUAUCCUAUUUUAGGAGCUAUUGGUUAUAAAUAAAAUGAAAUUAAUAAUAAUUCAACUUAACUAUGGGGUACUAAUUGGACAUUCUGUUGUCUUAUUAUUGGAUAAUUAAUUUUUGGAUGAAU